GUGCACAGUAUAUAAAACAUUGAGCAAUGUCUUCGCACCAGGAAGAAGGCCUGCUGAUCUACAGCACUUAAUACCAGAUUUAUAAUCGCUUCUUAUAUCUGAGUCGGUUGCUUUUUUUCAAUGGCAAGUUGGCCAAAGACCGUGUAUCUUCUGACGCUUAUUGCGCUACUCGGUGCACAUGGUAACGUCAUAGACGAUUGGGAGGUGGACCUGGAAGCCGUAGAAUCAGAGCCUCGCGCGGACCUCAAUGUUGAAUAUCAACCUGACGUCUGGAAUGAGGUUGACAGAGAUUUGCUCGAUGGGGACACCAAUAAGCGAGUCUAUGAGCAAGAAAUCGAUUCAGACGAUGCUGAGAUGACCUUUGGUGAAGCAGUUGACCCGGCAGUGAAAUUUGCCCCAGGUCUGGUGUCUGUUUCUGAAGCAGGUGACCCGGAAGUUAAAUUUGCUCCAGGUCUGGUGUCGCAGGCCUGUCUGGGAUGCAUUUGUAAGCUGGAGUCCCAAUGCAAGCCUAUCGGAUGCCACAUGGACGUCGGGUCGCUGUCAUGUGGUUACUUCCAAAUAAAGGUCGGGUACUGGACUGACUGCGGGAGGCCUGGAACAGACUGGAAGUCAUGCGCAGACGACAUCCAAUGCUCAUCUCAGUGCGUGCAGAACUACAUGCGGCGCUACGCCAGCUACUAUCGCUGCCCAGCUACGUGCGAGGGGUACGCGAGGGAGCACAACGGGGGACCUAAUGGCUGUCACAACCCCCGAACGAUCCCGUACUGGAACAAACUAAAGAGGAUCCCCGGGUGUCAAAAUAUGUAGGUCGACAUUGCCAAUAUUGUUAGGCUAUGAACUUUACACAGUCCUAGUCUGUGAAGGCAAUAUUGAAAAGCAAAAUAUUGAUUAUUUUAAUUCUGAUUCUUUUUUAUGUGUUUUACAGCAAACUUUAUAGAAAAUUACAUUUUUGUAUGUAGAUGUAAUGCAACGAAAUGUUGUCAUUGCAACCUAUAUUUUAUAUAAAAAAUAACUAAACAUUACGCUGACUUACACCACAUGUCGCGACGCUCAAUGUGUACAAUGCAGAUUAGCAUCAUAAGAUAUUGCACAGCUCCAUAAUUGUUAUCAAUUUUAUAUUUAUGUAUACUGCUAUGCAUAAGUGUUUUCCCGAUUUUUCAAUAUAAAUAUACACAUAAAUUUCAUUCAGCAUUAGAA